AUGGAUCAAAGAUUCGAGAAAAGAACAAUCAAUGUGCUUCUUGCGGAUCAUUUGGACAAGCACAAGGUUGUCUGGCUUCAUUCUGGUAAUGAUUUUGUUGACUUGCUCUAUAGUUUUCUCACUAUGCCUUUGGGAACCAUUGUGAGAUUGCUUGAGAAUCACGGCAGAUUAAGACAAACGGUCACCCUAGGUUGUCUCAACAACCUUUACAAAAGUGUUGUGGACAUGAACAUCGAUAAUUUUCGGACUGAAGCUUGUAAGCAGAUGCUGGUUUACCCGAAGAGCGUGAAGGAAAGUCAAUGCAAAAUGCUCAAGAUUAACAUAGACGUCGACACAGAGGCAACUAAACACUUUAUGUGUCCAAUGUACUUGCAAAGAAAAUCAUGCAGAGAGUUUUUUAGUAAUUUCAAUACUUCAAGAUGUAGCUGUGGAAACUUGAUGAAAAAAGAGAUUUCGUCACCCGAAGGAGAAGAGUUUGCGAGCAGGUUGGGAGGUAGCUGUGAUUAUGAUGGAGUCUUUGUUCAUGGUGAUGGAAACUUGGCAUUUAUAUUGAGUGACGAUUUGAAAAUAGAGAAUUUUUCUCGGGAACUUUUUCGGAAACGUGUCAAGGAUUUAGGCUGCGUUAACGGUUUAGAUGAGAUUGGGGAGGGUGAAGCAGAACUUGGCUUCCGAGAGGCAAUGACUUUUCUUCGAUCCUUAUUCGCAUCAGACACUCCAUUGACCACCACAUUCUAUCCCUUCAACAGUUCAACGUAUCCUUCGAAGAGAGCGUUUAAGCCAUCAUCAAGUCCAUGUGAUUCAGUGUUAGGCCAAGUAUUGUCUUUGACAGUGUAUUUGAGUAAGCAGGAUAAGAGGAAGGUUAUGUAUGCUAAGUGUGGUGAAGGCUUUAUAGAUCUUCUUUGCACCUUUCUUGUUCUUCCUCUUGAAUAUAUAUGCGAGAUCUCUGCUAGUGAUGAUGGAUGUGAUGAUGGUCUGGGAUGUAUAGGUAACCUGUUCAGAAGCUUCAAAGGCUUAAGCUGCGGUGAAAUAACCAUACCUUGGUAUUACCGUUGUAGAAAGAAUCUUCUUGGCGUCCCGGUCCAAACUCUGCCGAGUUUCUACAGUUGUUUUGAAGAUCAUGCUUUUUCUGGAGAUCGCGAGGACAGGCUCAAGAAAGUAAGACCAAUGGAUCCAAAAACUGAAAUAAGUGACCAGUCAAGAAGUAGUGGUGGGUUUGUGAAGAGUAACAAGAAGUUUCUUGUCUCGGAUGAUCUGAUAAUCACUCCACUGAAUACAGAUCUUACUGUUAGGGAUCUAAAAAGAUUUAAGAUUAGUUUUGAUGAAGUCAACAUCGAAGAGAUAACUAUCGGUAGAACAGAGGCUAUCAAUUUAUUGAAAGCUUCCUUUGUGACAUCCUCUGCGUUAUCCGAUGGUCUCUCAGACUUGCUUACAAAGAAGCUGGAAGCUAAGGAGGAUAACUCUUAAAAUUCCAAUGGCCAAAGAAUUCUUAAUUUCUGUAAAACUUGUUCUCUCUGGUAGCUUUCAUUUAUUUUCAGUGUUUUAUCUAAGUCUCGGUUUGUUGAUUUUGCUAUCUGGUUUUAGUUUUUGAGAAUACAUUAAAAAUGAUUGAUCAUCUUCGAAGACUAGUUAGGCGUUUCUGCAUUAUUACAUUACCAAACCAAAAUCU